AUUAACCUUCUAAUCACUGUCAAAAUUUAUGGUGUAAAUUCGCCCUCCCCACAUCAGAAAAAAUGGGAUGGGCGAAGAAGAAUCCAGCUCGCAAUUGAAAUUUAUAGCGACAAAUAAGCCCGGUACUAGUGUAGAAGACCGACACUCGCAAAAAUCCGAAGCGAGUUCUCGAACAGACGCAGUUUUCGAGGCGACAAAAACAGAAAGUCAAACGUACGGGACAUCGGAUGACGAGGAAGACCAGGAGAUCCAAACGUUCGACCUGGACAAGAUGUCCUCGACUAGUUCGAAUAAGUCUACAAAAUUGAUUGAAUUAACGUUGCCGGAGUUGAAACAAGACGGCGCGGAUAUAAAGCGGUUUCUGAAACGUUCAAAAAGACCCAACACGCAACAAUUGAUUAGAGAGAAAGCCGAGUGCACCGCCGAGAGGGAAGAGCAAAAAAGAAGAGAAGCGAUCUUCUUUUACAUUCCGGGAGAGGAAGACUACGAUUCGAAACAGGACCUGACCGGCGACGAGAAAUCGAAAAUGGAUAUUUCUGCGUCAUCGACUGUUGCGUGUCCAUUUAUUACUGAAACUAGUAGUUCUAUAGGCCUAAGCAAGUCUAAUACCGAGAGCGAUAAAAAAAAUGAAGAAUGAAGUAGUUUAGCCACUUUUUAUGUGUUUCUGUUGGUUUCGUGCAUAUGUAUCGCAAUAAAGAUUUUCAAUUUAAA